UAACACUCACGCCUUCACCUUGUGUGGAUGUCCAGCAGCAGACGGCACUUGCUUUUUAUCAGUUGCUAACACGUGUUCAUCAGCAUGCAACUAAGAGAGGUGGUGACGCCUAGCGAGGCUGACACGCCACAAGAUUCUGCAUGUCUACCAUGGCAAACUCAGAAUGGACAUGGCUUUUAUGAUCGAGUAUCGGAAUACUAACUGCAACAAAGCAGCAGCAGCAGGAAAACUAGAUCUUCACAGUAAUACACGAGUUCUACGCCAUCGCUGUAUGUUGAAAAACUGUGCUCAUAAUAGGGAUAGUACGUUGUGUAGUUCAAGGCUGGAGUACCCUGGCGAAGAUAGUGAUAUAAGAGCGAGGUGUAGCAAGCAAACAUUACACGAGACAGAUGUGUACGCCAGUCACCCUACGCCGCUUAUUCCAGCAGCAGCACAGCGAUCACCCAUCUGGCUACCACCUGUUUGUCUUCAUGAUCACGUUACCUUGUGCACUAGAGGUACAUCCACAUCCAUGGCUCCACAACAACCGUCUAGACACCAGCAGCACACACCCCAGCAAGUACAUCAUCCCCUCAUCCCACUCUACUACAGAAAAAAAGCUGUCCGUUAUAUACUGAAGCAGUUACACGUCGGUGGCAGCAGAGACAUACACCAAGUAUACAAAAUCCAGCAACACAUCAUCAGCCUUGAGGAACAGAUCUUCUAUGCUGCCAAGUCUCGGGAGGAGUACGUGACGAAACUAGCCUCGAAACUAGCAGCGAUACUGCAGCAGCUGGACAGAUGCCGAGCCUCGACCUCAGCCGUCCCGUCCUCCCGCGUUCACCCUUCAGCCUGUUUCUAGCCCCUCGCAUUCGUCCACAUGCAGGUUGCCUACCCUUCGUUUCUUGAUAGAAACGGCAGUCACCUCUACCUCCAGUGUUGUCAUUUGCAGCGACGGUAGUUAAGUCUACCUCCAGUCUCCGAUGUGGUAGUGACUUGCCCCCCGUCUCAGAGAUGGUAAUGACUUCUACCUCUGGCCUCUGAAGAGGUAAUGACUUCUACCUCCCGUCUCCGAGGAGAUAAUGACCUCUACCUCCCGUCUCUGAGGAGGUAAUGACCUCUACCUCCCGUCUCCGAGGAGGUAAUGACCUCCAACACCGCCGUUCAUCCAGUGGUUUCUCAGAGUUGUUUACCUCCUGUAUACAGCAAUCACUGUUCAUCUGUAGUGACACAGUAACUACAGUUCACCUGUGGUGACAGUAUCAUCGGUCACCUGACAUGACUUAAAUGGCCAUCGUUCAGGUGACGCAGUAACCUUGGACAACGCACCGACAACCUCUCACGAUAACACACUCACUCCAGUCUUGAUAAAAGCCAACACCUGCUUACCACUUGCUUACGUUAUUCUUGAACCGAUUCAGUUAUAAGGUUCCAACACUUGUAAAAAUUGUUUUAACCAAGGACUUCGUUGAAAGGCAAACUAUGCCAAAACAAUGUUGAUUUAUCAAUUUAAAGCCUAUCGACUACACGAGUCAUUAUGGCUGCAUAUAACCUAUACACCACCAGUGAAGGAUUUUUUUUAAUUCCUAAAAUAGUGAUACAAAUAAGUAUGCAUAUACUGAUAAACACAUCUCAGUGUACACAUCUUAUCGACGCGAAGACAAGGAUCCUCUCUGUGUGGGAAUAUUUCACAAGGAAUAAUUCACAGUACUGUAACUGGAACAGAUGUCACUUGAUAAUGGUCCACAAGGGACCGAAACGUCCCUCAACAAUGUGGGUUAUUUGUAAAUUAAUAUUAUCACUAUAAUUUUAGACAAAUGUUAGUGACAAAAUGUGGAGCUACGACUCGGUUUCGUAGACAAGUGGUGUAGACUACAAUCUCCUUCCGAGCCUUACGGGUUUAGCACUUUCCACUGAAAUAAUAAUAAUGCCCCCCCCCCCUCAACUAGCAUCUACACUCGUCGCUUCACUUGGAUCUCAGGGUACAUUUCAGUGCAGUACAUUUUUUUCACUAGAGUAGCUUCAAGUCUCUCAUUGUUAUAUUUUUGUAUCAUCUUUGUUAUGCUAAUAUUGUGAUACCUUUGUUACUAAUUUUAUAUUACAAUAAAUGAAAAUGCUCAAAUAAA